AUGGAGACACGGCAGCUGAAAAGAGAAGUGGAGGCUCUCAUUGGCGAUUACAUCGGGCAGAAACUCAGAGAAAAGUCAUUUGAUCCGAAAGGGAAGGGGACCUCCACGAUGCUGGAUGACCUGGCUCACUAUGACCUGGCCAUUACUGUUGCCCUGUGGUGGUUGGACAAAGAAGAGGGGCGGGAUGUGCUCGACAGAGACAUCAUUGGAGCAACAAGCUGCUCAGGAAGCGCUCAGUACCCAAACCGCUUGGAGCGAGAGGCCAUGAUCCUGUCCUCCUUUGCUGGGAUUAUCAUGAACCACCUUCCCGUGGAGGAGAUCCUGGCUCUGUACCGCUGCAAACCAGCAGCCUCAUUCCCCAACCAGCACUCCAAGGGCACACUGGUGUACCCCUUCACUCUGUCCUACCAUCCGUUAGCCAUGCUCGGAUCUUACAAGGCUGUGUACCACUCCAAGAAACACAGUCAAAAGCUGAAACGAUGGCUGUCUGAGAGGAUGAAGACUAGAGUACCGUCCAAACGAGUGACAGCCCCCUCUUCCUCCUCUUCCUCCUCGUCUCAUUCCUUCCUCACUGACAUCAGUGAUUGCCCUGAGGAGACAGCUGAGCACUACGAGGGAUCAAAGGAGUCUCUGCACGACUGAACACUCCUGCUGUCGGUCUUUUACUUUAUUUCUGAUUUCCUCAGAGAAAAAAGUGUUAAAAUACCUUCAUUUCUCACCUCUGUUCUGUUGUCCUGGACUUUAGUGCUCUCUCCAUACUGUCACUCUGAGAAAAACCCUUUUAAAUAUUGAUUGAUAAAAUGUUUCAGCUUUAGAGGCUUUUACUCGUGAUCAUUAACAUACAUUUUCCUUAUGAUACCUUUUUACCUAAUAAGGUUUUAAAUGCACGACUUUUACUUGUUGUAGACUAUUUUACCUUUAUCAUAUUAAUACUUGACUUACUCAUACUUGAAUGAAUCAGAAGACUUGUUAGUUUAGCAUAAUAGGAUCUUUUACAUUUAUGAUAUACUUGACUAUACACUCAUGCAACCUAUUUUCUUUUAUGUAUGCAGACAUUUGCAAACAAAUACCUCACAAAACACCUUUAAACAGUAUUUAUUUGAAGUUGUGCUAGCUUGUGUCCAUACUUCCUGUUUACAUAUUAUAUUGGACAGUGAUACAGAUGUCUCUCUAGGUUUAUUAAGUCUUUGCAUGCUAACACUUCUCAAGUUUUAAUGGUGCACCCUAGAGAGUGAUACCUUAGGAAAUGAGGAAGAUUUAAGGGGGAUGUAUCAACUGCU